AUGAUGGAGGCUGUGGUGGAGGAGACAGGCCAUUUGGAGGCCAACAAAGAGGUCGGAUUUGAAGACGACAGCGUUAGCGCGAUCCAGGACGAGGAGUUUGACUUCGAUAUCGGUGGCCCUGGAGACGACCUGGAAGAAGCGUUGGGUGGGCCCGAAUCCACUCACGAUGUUCUGGCGUAUCACACCGAAAACAAUGACGCACUCCACGACGCUCGCACACACUCGACACAAGAUCAGGGCGCGCAGGAAGCCGUUGAUGAGUCUCACGAAGAUGGGAUUCCUGGCCAGGACCAGGAUCAACAUGAUCUAGAGAUACCCGCUUUUGACACUUCAGUCGACGCUGAGGGUGUUGAACAAGCCUACCAAUUUGAUGAUGCACGAGGUGACCAGACUGAAGGCGAAAAUGCUCAACAGGCAGACGACGCGCAGUAUGGUGGGGAGGGCGAGAAAGACCAAGAGGAUGUCUACUUGGAAGACACGGCAGAAGAGCUUGGAAGCUUCGUUGAUGUUGGUCAACAAAAUGAAGAGCUAGCCCAAAGCACAACGGUUGCUACGGAGGCUGCCGAGUUCUCGCACCUGGAGGAUGGGCACUUCGAAGACGAUAUACGUGAUGAAGGUAUCAGCGCCGAAGAAAUUGGUGUGAUUCAGUCACGGGACGACACGCAGCCGUUGGCGGACAGCAACUACUUCGACGAGAUAGCUGGGAAUGAAACAACAGCAAUGGAACCUCACAGCGAGGAGAUCGCCCAGGAUACGAGUCCUGGACACGAUUCUUACCCCGUGGACACUGCCGCGGACCAGACCGGUACAGGUACAACCUCUGGUUUGGACGACGCAGGUGGCCAAGAGGCGGAGUCGUCCAAGAGCUCGGAGAAGCACCCCCGUGUGAGGGUAUCCUAUGGAACAGCAGAGUUUUAUCUCUUUGCAGAGUCACCUGAUGCUGAUCCCGAUGAUUACUUUUUCGAGAACGCAGAUGUACUUCAUCAGCCUUUAUCUCAGUUCCUACCAAAACUUCGCCAAGUCAUUACGGAGGACUUGCAAGCUUCCGACGAGCUUGUCGUGAAAGUGGAUGGACUCGGACUGGAGUUUGGAGAGGCAACAACGAAAGAUUUUCUAGAGCACACGACUUUUGCUCAAGUUCUAGAGCUGUACGAUCGACUUGUGAAGCUUGACCAUGAUUCUUCCGAAUCUCCGGAGCUCUACAUAUACCUGGAAACGAGACCAAACUGUCUGUACCGGCUCACAGAACUCACCAACAACGCAAACAAGGGUAAGGGACUAUCUCAGGUAGCAUUCUACUACGAGGGAACUCCCGACUUCGCAGCCAUCGAGGAGGAGUCAAACGAUUAUGACGGAGGCGGCCAGGGUAUGGGCUCUGACAACGCGUCUGAUAACGGGUCGAAUGACCAAAUCGAAGGAGAUUUGAGUGCGACUCAUGAGGAUGAGCAACCCUACAACCCUUUUCGACUGAGUGAGAGCCAACAGCAGGCCAUGGACUCCUCACACUCCGCUCUUGCGGAGGGAGAAGUGGUGAACGAUUCACUCUCGGCAGACGGUGACGAAGCUCAUGCCGCUUAUGAGGACGACAACGACGAGUCCUUCUCUGGUGAAGUGGGAGAUGACCUGGAACUUGCGGCAAGGGAGGUCUUGCGCGAUGUAAACGCGCCCGAAGCCCAACAGGACUCUGAUAUGGUACCCGGUGAGGAUGAAGAUCUCGCUGCGGAAGCCGCGAAUGAUGAGCCUGAGAACCCGCAUUACAUGGAGGAAGACCUCCCUGGUGGGGAAGAAGCUGCGGGAACGGAAGCAGACGCUGAGGCCGAAAACGAAAACUUCCAGGAAGAUGAAGGCCAUACUGAUGAGAGCACAUCGGCUGACUUCAAUAUGCAAGACUACGAAACAGCGGAAAACGACGACUACCUUGACAUCGGGGCGACCGAAGAGGAGCCGACCGAGUCUGCAGAAUAUGCAGCGUCUGCAGGCACACCUGAACCAACCUCGCACGAUUCGAGCGCCACGGCAACCCUAGACGGAGAAGGCCAAGGCCAUGGCGACGAUGUGUCUGCGACCCAGGCGUUGGCCGAUGCGGGUCAUCUGAUUCAGACCACGUCACAGCCGGAGCCUGGCCCUCCAGAGACUGAGACCGACGAGAUCCACUGGAACGACGAUGAUGACGCCGAAAAUGACUACGAAGACGACGAGGUUGACACUGCGAAUCAGAACCAGACCGACCUGUCUCCUUCGAGUCUCUCUAUCAAGAGAGGCAGACAAGCAGACGAGGACGAUGUUGGUCUAGGUGACGAUAGUACGUCGUCGGACCUAGAUGACUGCCCGAUGUAG